AUUGGCAUUGCCCUCCCAACGAAACGAGUUUGCUGCCGAGUAAGCAAAACCACUGUUGGCUUGUAAACAGGAAUUAAAACUUCUGAAGUCUGAAUACAUAAAAGUCUGCUCUUUCCUGACCUUGUAUUUUGUUGCACUCAUUUGUAUCGAGACAAGCUCACCACCAUGGCUGUCAUACUUAUUCCCUUGGAUUCCAGCAAAAACAGCGAGUUCUGUUUGGAAUUUGGCCCAGAUGUAGCCUCUCUGAACUCUCUCACUGCAGAUCAACACGCAAUGGACGUACGCAUGAUGGCAUGGCAAGCUUUUACCCUCUCAAGGCCGUCAUUCUAUGGACAAUGGCGAAAGAGACAAAACAUUUUUACAUGAAGUUUGUGCACCGGGAAGGGAAUGAGGUGCACACAUGCUAUGUGGCUGACUACUUUGGUGAUGUGGGCGUCAUGGAAGGUCCCACGCCAGGCCGUAUCCAGGAGCUGGAGACUCAAGACAGGGAAAAAGCAGCAGCCAUUGAGACCACUGUCAAUCAGAUAUUCAAGACCAAUAAUAUCAAUGGCACGUUCGAGCGUUUAGUGGCUAGGGAAGUCUGGCACAAAAUCCUGGAGCACGCUCAGGCUGUCAAGGCCAACAUGAUUGUGAUGGGAUCACGCGGCAUGGGCAAGGUCAGGCGCACCAUCCUAGGCUCGGUCAGCGACAGCGUCCUCCACCACGCGCACAUUCCCGUCUUGAUCUGCAAGCACCCGGACGAACAGCAGCACAAAUAGAGAGAAGAGGGCUUACCUUUUUAGAUGCUGAUUAGACGGAAAUUAGAACUCCAUAAAGUUGAUUAUCUUUUGCCUUGUUUCUUUCUCCCUUUCUCCACCAAUAAAACCUAAAUAGCAAUUAAUUGUUGUGUUUCGCACCUGUGUUCAAUACUGUUGUUAUGGUUCUAUAUUUUAAGUUUUUAGUACCCCAGAAAGCCAUUGAACUUUUUUCUUUUCUUGUCUUUUGUUCUGUCUUUUAUUUAUUUUCUUUCUUUUUUUAAUAACAAAUUUCUACACUUUUUUCAGUUGAAGUUCUUUAUUUUUCAGAGCAAUUUACCAGAUAAUUUAGAAGCCUGGAAGCGAUUCUAUUCUGUUUCAUCAGUUAAUUUUGAUACUGUUUUCAUUACCAAUUCCAUUUGAAAUUUAUCACUCUUGUGAUAAAUUCAUAUCAGAAAUCAGAACACAUCUUACCAAAAGUAAAGUUUGUUCAUUAUAAUAACUGGUCCGACUGAAAUAUUAUCUUCCACUUAUUGUUAAUUAAUGCAUAUUUUGCUCAAGGCCAUGCUCUGUCAAUUACACAGUCAUGAUUUUAUUCCCUCAAUAGUCUGUUGUACAACUCUUUAUCCUUUGGAUCUUUAUAGAAUAAGCAAAUUAAAGAUUUUUGUUUCUUUAGAUUAAAGCUGCAGUUUUAUUUGUUUUCACUGUGGGGAGGCUGGAAUAUCAUGUUCAGUUUGCUCUCAAUGUGUUAUGUCAACAUUUAAAAAAUGUCUUUUUGCUCUACUCGAUUGCAUUGCUCUCUGAAGUCACUCUUUCUUUAAUCGUUUUUGAGAGUAGAUAUGUCUUUAUAUAGUGUACUUUUUCUGUCUAUUGCCCCGUAGAACUUUACAGAUCUUUUUAUUGUUGAAUAGCUGCUGAGAGCAGAUCUACAGAGAUGGACGUAGCUUUUGUACUUUACUGCUUAUUGUUCAGUAGAGCUUUGCAUUUAUGUCAUGUAAAACUGUUGCAGAGGAGAAUACUCUUUUUUCGCUUAUCAUAAGUAGAUCUCAUUGUCACAGCUGAACAUCUGUAAGAUUUUAUUGUCACUCGUUUACAUAACAUGUAAGUUAUUUUUUGUUCCAUUUAUAAUAGUAAUUGUUUUCAUUCUAUGCCUUGCCCCAGUGCAGCUAAAUGAUCAGUGUAUUUUGUAGAUUUAUUUUUAAAACGCUAUGCUUUGGAAAUAUAACAUGUCAGCCAUAAGAUGAUGCUUGAUAAUAAGUUUAAAGAAAGACCUUGUCAUUAAUUGUUUCUUAUAUUUCAUUGACUACAAUAAUUUUCAAUAAUGUGGACUUUGUGGCAAUUCUUUUACACCAUUUUUUCAGGAACUGUUUUUUAUCUAUUAAUGACUUUAAAAUAAUCAUAAUGACUUUUCUAAAUAAUGCAUUGCUGUAAGUUGAUGGUCGUGAAAUUAAAGUGAAAGCAGUUGUGAUCAAAAUCAAAAGAUUUUUUGUUAUAAAUCAAAUAUGUAUCAAUCUACAUAUCGACUUAUGUGAUGACAUUUAUAGUUUCCAUUCAACAGUUUUGUGUUUAUUGGUUUUGCAAUCAUAACUCACUGGACACAACAUGUUUGCCUGAAAGUCUUGAUUAUAACAGACAAUGUCCAGUUGACAGUUCUAGUACCUUGUACAUUUUCUUGAACAAUGAAUGUAUAAAUAGACUUGGCUGGUUUGAAACCAUGUCAGAUUAAGGUAGUUCUGAAGUUGCAUUUCGUCGCCUUUGUGAUAAGAUCAGGUGAGAGACUUUUUAAAAUUUUUCAGGAGAAAGAAAAAAUGUAUUUUUAUGAAGAGGAUGGCUUUGAGUUAUCUGAUUUUCAUAAUGUUCUAUUCAAAAUGGGAGUUUUUUCUCCUAGAUCAAGAAGGCUUUCAGAUUAUACCAAUAAGUCUAUGACGAGGGCCAAUUCUUCCGUGUCGUGACACAUAUUGUAGUCUUCAAUAUUUUUUAUUCUUUAGCCAACAGAUUAUUUAAAAUCUCAUCUUUAUUACCGGCCAAUACGUUUAUCUCAGUAUGAUCUGUAGACGUCAUAUUUAUCUCAUUCUUUUAUCCAUAUCUGUGAGAUCUGACUUUCAAAAGUGAUGUCCAGAAUUCAGAAGCUAUCUGAUUCCACAGGAUUUUGAGAAUUCAGAAAUGAUCUGAUUCCACUGGACCUUGUUCCUUGUGUAUUUAACCAGAAAAUUAAUAUAUAUAUUCAUACAAUAUAUUAUAUUAUGUUUCUGAAGAAUGUGAUACUAAGCAUCUUUUUCUUGUCAAACUUAGUUCUGUGCUACUUGAUCGUUUUGUAGAAAGGACAAUUGGUACUCUGAUCCUGAAAAAUUUAUGUGGAUAUUCGCAUGUUUAAAACCCAACUGUGUCAUCUGUAUUUUUAUCAAAACAUGUGGGGGGUUUUUACCAGUCUUUAAUGGACAUUUGUGCCAAGUGUUGAAUAAAGUCUUUACUUUAAGAGCAAUUGGUAUCCUACUGGACUAUGAAAUGGACGACUCAGGGUCAUAUCCUAGUUGAGAAUUCUUGAACUUGGGGUUGUUUGGGGAGUUCUUAAGGUGCUGUCCAUCUUCUUGACUCUGUCCUAUCAGAGUUGACAUUGGACUGGGAGGUCCUGUUUCCCAAAAAUUACCCUACAAAGCAGAAAGCACUGUUAAAACCAUACUGUAUGAUACUUUUACCUCCAAUUUUAAAUCUUUUCCUCUGCUGCCUUUCUCCCACCAUGAGGAAGCAUGUGGACCUAGCUGGUUUGACCUAUAUGUACUCACAUUUUUAUUGAAACAAUAAAUUUUGUAUUCCAAAUACUUG